GCUGCUACCAAGCUAGCUUGCUAGAACCACGAUAGCAACCACACGACAAUCACGUCCGUACGCAGCCAAGUACAGACGAAUAUAGCUACGCUUGGACAAUUAUAUUGAUAUCAUUAUGAUAUAUACUGAUAAAUACCUUGCGCUUUGAAGUUAAUUAACAUUUAUCAUCGUAUUUCAAUCGUAAUAAUCGGGUUAGUUAAAGGAGCGCUAACAUUGCUAACAACUGGCUACUGCUAGCUAGCUAACGUCGUUAGCGAACAUGAAUGUAACCGGAUGUAGCAAGCUAGCAGAACAGUUGAUUGCACACAACAAAAUGACAUUCUGUGGCACUUUAUAAACACGUGUAAGUAUUUCGCUCAUACCAUAGCCUUAGCCUGUAAUUGAGUGUAGCUAAAAUGCUUUCCUCUUUGCACAAUCAAAAACUAAACCUCUUCGAAACAGACCUGAAAUGGCUACACCUCGCAGCUGGACUCCCCCUUCUUUUUUCAGUCUCACAAUAAGAAGAACGCAAAGACCAGAGAUGCUGGCGCCGCUGAAAAGCACAUCGGCUUUGAUUGGUGGAUGAAGACGCCAGAUAACCUAUCAAGCACAAACAUUGGUCAAUUCAUCAGUCAAUCACAGCAACACAAGCAGGUCCCAAUAUUGUUGAUCUUCCGUAACUCCAAGCAAGGUAGUUUGACCGAAUUGUAGCACCCCGUCUCACUCAACUCCCAGAAACACACUAUCACAUCACAUGUGACGGUCUUCAGCCGAGCCCUAGUGAUGCGACCCCCGGCCCAAGGAGCGGUCCAGGCGGCCCAGACCUGGCUCAAGUCCUCCUGGCAGGUUCAGGUACCCUUCACCUGGCUAGAAGCCUGUGUGGAGUGGCUGCAGGAGGAAGGAGGCGGGCAACGAGUGUCCCAGCACCAGCUUAACCAACAGGUGUUGGAUCAGUGGCUGCUGACUGACCUGCGGGACUUGGCCCACCCAGUGCUGCCCGAGGGACUGUCCCGGGCCCAGAACACGGAGCUCAGGGGCAGCUUCUGUGUCCAGGCAGACUCCCUGCUGGAUGUCAGCCAGCCCGCAUACACCCAACUCCAGCGCGCAAAGGGCACCGACUGCACAAACGAGGGCGUGUCGGCCGUUACCCAGAUCACCCAGCGUCCCUGGGAGGCCAAACCCACUCGCAUGCUCUACCUGCAGAUCACUGACGGUGUGCAGAGCCUGGAGGCCAUGGAGUAUCAGCCCAUCCCUGCACUCGGCGCCCUCCUCAGGCCUGGGGUGAAACUGCAGCUGCACGGCCAGAUGGUGUGCAGGCUUGGGGUGCUGCUCCUGGGCCCGGGGAAUGUGACGGUGCUGGGGGGGGAGGUGGAGGAGCUGGCGGAGAGGAACAGCCUGGCCAGGGUUCUGUGCAGGGCCCUGGGGCAGCCAGAGGAGGAGCCUCCUCAAAGGGGCGCCGGCGAGCAGGAGAACCACCCACUUGCAGGAAACCAACAGGAGCCAGAGGUUGAUGAGAUGGAUGACCAGGAACUUCUGGCUAGCUUGGAUGCCCAGGAAGAGAGGGGGGAACAGCAGGCCGGCUGGAGGAACCAGGAGGAGAGGGGGGCAGAGUGGAGACAGCAGCCCAGCCUGGAGAGCGGGUAUGGGACACACAGUGAUGCCUCCUCCAGGAGCGCGUCGGUCGUGAGCCAGUCCUCGAACCAGGCCUCGAUCCCCUACGGAAGGCCAUCCUUCCAGAGUCAUCGCUCCGAGAGCCAGGCUGACUCGGCCGUAGGAAGUCACCCCUCUCGCGCCCCCGACUGGGUGGACGAUCACCCGGACGAGGACUUUGAUGAUAUUCCUCUGGAAGAGCUUGACUUCCAGGACAGCCCCGCCAGACCCACUCCGCCAGCCGGCACAAACCCCAGAACAAGCUCUAUCGCUGGGCAUGCCCGGGGGUCCGGAUCUGGUUCUCCUGGUGUGAGAAACGACGAACAUUUAGAAUCCUUCAACGAGUCCACUGACUUCCUGGACGAGAGGGAUGACUUCAUGGAUGAGGACUUGGACUCCCUGUUCCCUCCAGAACCAGAACACCCCAGAGAAGACCUUACACUAGAAGGCACCAGAACCCCCCAGACAUCAAGCCUUACACCCCAGGCAUCUGGUCCUGGACCCCAGACCUCCAGACCACCAGAGCUGGGGGGGGACUGGAUCAAUCCACAACCAACAGCCCUAGACUCCAUAACGGCGAAUCCUGAACAUGUGGAACAAACAGACCCAGAAGGUGAAGGUCAUGUGACUCUAGACUCCCCUCCGUUCACCUACCUGUGCCUCCUGGAGGGCGAGGGGUCCGGGGACGCUGCGUCCUCCGUGCCUGCUAGGGAGGUACGGGUGAAGGCUUUCAUCGUGACCCUCCUGGGGAACCUCCAGGCCAAGAGCGGGGAGUGGCGGGUCGGAGCCUCCAUCUCGGACGGGUCGGCCUACCUGGACGUGGAGCUGUCGGACCGGGUUGUGACGGGCUUGCUGGGGUUCUCCGUGGCCCAGAAGGCGGCACUGAAGCGCGACCCGGUCCGCAGGGUGGAGUUAGCGGCGGGGAUGAAGGCCUGUCAGGAGGGGCUGGUGGACAUGUGCUGCAUCAUGACCCUGGCGUUCAGCGCCGGAGGGGGCAGGCCUGUGGUGACGCGGACUGAUGAUGUCACAGACGGGGACUGUCGCGUCCUGGAGCGGAGGGUGAGGGGAGUGUAGGAAGGGAGGAGGGGGAGUGCUGAGAUACCAGGGGAGGAGCUCGGGGCUAAAGAUGCGUGAGGAUAGAAGGAAAGAGAAAAAGGAAAGGAGGGAGCAGAGUGAACAAGAAAUAAUUUUACCCUUGUUGUCGUGUCAUGUGCUAGUUAAAAAGUGAGAGAUGGUACAAGCAUUGUUUUUAAUAAAGUUUGAUUAAAAUGUUUAGUUUUACUGCUAUUAUCUUUCGUAUAUGAUACUAGGAUAUAUUAUCUUUCAAUGAAUUAAGUACAUAUUUGAAUAUAUUUUUUUUAAAUAAAGGUUUGUUAAAAUGUUA